GCUCGAUUCAUCGAAUCGUUUUCCAAAAUAUACCCGAUAUUCGCGAGCAGACACUGGCUAAAGAAACCGUUCAAUGAGCAAAAGCGCUUGAGAAAUGAAGCUGCCUGUGAUACUUCUUUUCGCACUAGCGGCCACAUUGCCCGAUUUAUCCGCCUCCAGCACCGUUUACAUAUCGGAUUACGGCAUGUCCAAGAUGAUCGAGUUGAGCACAAAACCGCCAUAUUGCGUCGUCCAAACGGACAGGGGAAAGAUCAGGGACAAGCUGCUCAGCUCCGAUCCGAGGCGAGUGCGGAAAAUGUCGGACGAAUCCGUGGAAAAUCUGGCCAGGGAGUGCCAGAAAGACAUCCAUUCGCCGCAUCAAGGAGGCUUCAUUUACCCCGGAACGAAAUGGUGCGGUCCAGGAAACAAGGCGAGGGAUAAUUCGGAUCUGGGCUGGCAUUGGAAGGAGGACAUGUGUUGCAGGGAGCACGACAUGUGUCCCAAAUUCCUGGCUAAAGGCCAAUGUAUGCAGGGCAUUUGUAAUCAUUCCCAUUUCACCAGGUCUCAUUGCGAUUGCGACGCGAAUUUUCGCAAGUGUUUGCAAAACGCCAAUACGGAGACGGCGAAUACUAUAGGAGCGAUUUUUUUCAAUAUUAUCCAGGUGAUUUGCUUCAAAGAGAGGACGCCUUGUACACAGUGGCAGAGUUCAAAUUCGAAUAAUUUAAUACCGUUUUCUGAGGGUCCCGGGAAUUGCGCUUACGAGUUCGAAUAUUCACAAAAAUACAAGGGAAACUUGAUAAAGAAUUACGGGAGAAAAGACGCCAAGGCGCAUUUCAUAAAUAAAAUAUUCCGCAAACUGAAAUUCCUGUGAUUUUUUAAUAAAAUUUAUUUAUUUUUUUAUUUAAUUUGCGCUUUU